AUGGCAGGAGUUGGACCUCCCCGACCUGGGGCAGCUGACUGUGUGACCAGGGUGUCCUUGAGCAUCUCUUGUGCAAAUCUGAGGGACAUGGAUGUCUUCUCUAAGUCAGACCCACUGUGUGUUCUGUACAUGAGCACAUCUGGAACCAGUUGGGUGGAGGUUGGUCGCACAGAGAAAAUCAUGAACUGCCUGAACCCCAAAUUUUCCAAGACAUUUCUAAUCGAUUACCACUUUGAGAUGGUGCAGAAGUUGAGGUUUGAAGUGUUCGACAUUGAUGAUGUCAACUGCAGCAUGCAAGACGCUGAUUUCCUGGGAGAACUGGAGUGCACAUUGGGGCAGGUUGUGUCUUCAAGAAAUCUAACCAAACCACUUGUCAUGAAGGACAAAAGGCCUGCAGGAGAUGGGACCAUUACUGUACAUGCAGAAGAAAGAACAGACAACCGGGUGGUGCGAUUUGAAAUCGCAGGUAGACAACUCGACAAAAAGAGUUUUUUUGGCAAGUCUGACCCAUUUUUGGAAUUCUACAAGGAAACAGAAACAGGUUGGCUGUUAGCUCAUAGGACAGAGGUGGUAAAAUACAGCCUGAACCCUGCAUGGAGACCUUUCCAGAUCCCAAUUCAGGCACUCUGUGGAGGUGAUGUGGAGAAAUCUAUAAAGGUCGAUUGUUUUGAUUACAGGAGCAGUGGCUCACAUAACUUUAUUGGCUCCCUUCAGACCACACUGAGCCAAAUACAGCAGGCAUCACAAACAUAUGCAGCAGAGUUUGAAUGCAUCAAUAGGAAGAAGAAACAGAGCAAAAAAAGCUACAAGAAUUCUGGUAUUAUAGUCAUCAAACAAUGCAAGAUCGUGAAGGAGUAUACUUUCCUUGAUUAUAUAUUUGGCGGUUGUCAGAUUAACUUCACUAUCGCCAUUGACUUCACAGGCUCAAAUGGGGACCCCAAGUCUCCACAGUCCCUACAUUACAUGCACGCCCAUGGCUAUAAUGAAUACCUUUCAGCUAUCAUGGCAGUGGGUAAUGUCAUCCAAGACUAUGACAGCGAUAAAAUGUUCCCUGUUUUGGGGUUUGGAGCACAGAUCCCUCCUACCUGGCAGGUCAGCCACGAGUUUCCUGUUAACUUCAAUCCUUCAAACCCAUUUUGUGAAGGUAUUGAAGGUGUUGUCCAAGCCUACCAGCAGUGUUUGCCGCAGGUGAAACUCUACGGUCCAACAAAUUUUUCCCCAAUCAUCAACCAUGUUGCCCAUUUUGGCGGCCAGGCCUUACAGCAACGAACUGCCUCUCAAUACUUUGUGCUGCUCAUUAUCACUGAUGGCGUGAUCACAGACAUGGAGCAAACACGCGACGCAAUUGUCAAAGCCUCGCGUCUGCCCAUGUCCAUUAUUAUCGUGGGAGUGGGCAGGGCUGAUUUCACUGCCAUGGAGUUCUUGGACGGAGAUGACGGACUUUUGCGCUCAUCAUCAGGCGAGGCUGCCAUGAGGGACAUUGUCCAGUUUGUUCCAUUCAGACAGUUCCAAAAUGCAGGACCCGCCGCUCUGGCUCAGAGCGUGCUGGCUGAAUUACCUGACCAAGUGGCUUCUUUCUUCAACUUAAAUGACUUGAAACCCCCGACAGAACCCAUUCCUUCUUAG